ACACAUCAUUUUAACUAUUAAACCUGGUAGGACAGAGAACGGGGAAGAAGGGAAGAGCUUUAAAUAAUGCUAAAAUGUUCCUUUCUUAGCCCUUUCUCCUCUUCCAUUGUCUUAAGCUUGGAAGUUGAAAGGCUUGGGAGAUACAAACUGUUCAUUGCUAGAACCCUUGCUGUUUUUGAUUUGUUGAAAGGUAAAGCAAGCAAAUAAGGGCUCGAUGAACAACAACUGGCUUUCUUUCCCUCUUUCUCCCACUCAUUCUUCCUUACCAUCCCAUGAUCUUCAAGCAACUCAGUACCACCAAUUUUCCCUUGGGCUGGUGAACGAAAGCAUGGAAAACCCUUUCCAAAAUCAUGAUUGGAAUCUGAUUAACACUCAUAGCAGCAACGAAGUUCCAAAAGUGGCUGAUUUUCUUGGAGUGAGCAAGUCUGAAAAUCAGUCAGAGCUUGCUGCUUUAAACGAAAUUCAGUCAAAUGAUUCAGAUUAUCUGUUCACAAACAACAGUCUGGUACCUUUGCAAAACCCCGUGGUGGACACACCAAGCAAUGAGUAUCAAGAAAAUGCUAACAGUAACUUGCAAUCGUUGACAUUAUCCAUGGGAAGUGGUAAGGAUUCUACAUGUGAAACCAGUGGUGAAAAUAGUACAAACACUGUCGAAGCUGCACCUAGAAGAACUUUGGAUACUUUCGGUCAGAGAACAUCCAUAUAUCGUGGAGUAACACGACAUAGAUGGACUGGAAGGUAUGAAGCUCACCUUUGGGAUAAUAGCUGUAGAAGGGAAGGACAAUCAAGAAAAGGACGCCAAGUUUAUUUGGGUAAGUGUUUCCAUUUCAGUCUAUUUUCCAGCCCCUUUUCAUUUUCUAAGUUCCUGGAGGUAGAAAAUCAAACCACAAAAUGUAUUGUUUUCCUUUUGUUAUUUAUAAUGUCAGGUGGAUAUGAUAAAGAAGAGAAAGCAGCUAGGGCUUAUGAUUUAGCAGCACUGAAGUACUGGGGAACAUCCACCACUACCAACUUUCCAAUUAGCAACUACGAGAAGGAAUUGGAUGAAAUGAAACACAUGACCAGACAAGAAUUUGUUGCCGCUAUAAGAAGGAAAAGUAGUGGUUUCUCUAGAGGUGCAUCAAUGUAUCGCGGAGUUACAAGGCAUCACCAACACGGAAGAUGGCAAGCAAGGAUUGGUAGAGUUGCAGGAAACAAAGAUCUUUACUUGGGAACUUUCAGUACUGAGGAAGAGGCUGCAGAGGCUUACGACAUAGCAGCGAUAAAGUUCAGAGGUCUCAACGCUGUCACAAACUUUGACAUGAGCCGUUAUGACGUGAAAGCUAUUCUCGAAAGCAACACUCUCCCGAUAGGAGGAGGCGCUGCAAAACGUCUGAAAGAAGCUCAAGCUCUAGAAUCUUCUAGAAAACGUGAAGAGAUGAUUGCACUAGGCUCAUCUACCUUCCAAUAUGGAACCUCAAGCUCUUCCAGGCUACACGCUUACCCUCUAAUGCAGCACCACCAGUUCGAGCAACCUCAACCUCUGCUAACCUUGCAAAACCAUGACAUAAGCUCUCACUUCUCUCACCAGGACCCUUUACACCAGGGUUACAUCCAAACGCAGCUUCAGUUGCACCAGCAGAGUGGUGUUUCUUCUUACCUCCAGAAUAAUCCUCAGUUCUACGGCGGCUACCUUCAGAACCACCCUGCAUUGCUUCAGGGAAUGAUGAACAUGGGGUCUUCUUCUUCUUCAUCUGUGUUGGAGAAUAAUAACAACAAUAAUAGCAGUGUUGGUGGGUUUGCAGCAGGGAGUGGGUUUGGUAUGGCUUCGAAUCCAUCGUCGGGUAACGCAGUGGGCGCGGCGGAGGAACUUGGCUUGGUGAAGGUUGACUAUGACAUGCCAGCCGGAGGUUACGGCGGUUGGUCGGCGGGGGCGGCGGAAUCCAUGCAGACGUCAAAUGGUGGGGUGUUCACAAUGUGGAAUGAGUGAGGGAAGGGAAGAUAGUUCCAAGUGUAUGGGACAAGACAACGUACGAGUCACCAUACAAUUUUGUUAUGCUUUUUUUUAUUUUUUUUUACUUUGGUUUUUAUUAUUCUCGCAAUUGGAAAAGAAAAUAGGUGCUGAUUUUCUGAGACAUUUGACCACUAAGGAAGUGAGCAAAGACCAAAUAUAUCUAUUAUUCAUGUCUUUUAUUAUGC